CACACUCACAGCUCCAUCACACACCCAUGCACACCCCGUGCACACCCUGCACGCACCCCAUAGACCCCCCCCGUGCACACCCGGUUGUGCACACCCCCACGCGCACCCCCCGUGCGCACCCCGCGCCGCUUUCCACGAGCGCAGCGCUUUGCUGCCCGCAUCCUCGCCCCUGCUCCGAGCGGGGGGUUGCCAUGGAAACCAUAAAACUGCGGUGAUUUCGGGCCGUGGCUGCGCCGUCCCACCGUGAAGGCGGCACGGAUGGAGCGGGCAGAGCUUGUGGUGCCGGGGGGCACCGCCUUUGCACGCCUGGCCCUGCACACCCAUCCGUGCACAGCCCUCUGUGCGCACCUAUCCAUGCACGCCCCUCCCUGAACACCCAUCUGUGCACACGUAUCCAUCCGCACCUCUCUGUGUGCACACCCAUCCGUGCACGCCCACCUAUGCAAACCCUGUGCACACCCCUCUGUGCACACCUAUCCACGCCCAUCUCUCUGUGCACACCCAUCCAUGCACACUCAUCCAAGCCCAGCCCCAUGCACACCAAUCUGUGCGCACCCAUCCGUGCAAAGCCAUCCAUGCCCAACCCUGUGCACACCCCUCUGUGCACACCACUUUGUGCAAAUCCUUCUGUGCAAAUUCACCCAUGCACGCUCCCGUGUGCACACCUAAGCACACCCCUCCCUGUACACCCAUCUAUGCCCAUCUCUCUGUGCACACCCAUGUGUGCACACCACUUUGUGCACGCCUAUCCAUGCGCACCCUUCCCCGAACACCCAUCUGUGCACAUCCAUCUCUUCACACCCAUCCGUGCACACCACUUUGUGCACACCCUUCUGUGCAAACUCAUCUGUGCACACCCCCCGUGCACACCCAUUGCACACCCGUUGCACACAGGUGCCCACAGUGCCCAGCGGCAGACUCCAGAGUUUCUAUAGAAACCGAGAGAGGCGAUAAGUGCCUCUUCCAUCUAACAAAACCAAAGCACACUCGUGCACUCGUGUGUGUGUGUGUGUGCACGUGUGCGUGUGCAGCCCGGGCAGCUGCAGGCAGAGGGGCGCCGGGGAUACGCUUGGGAAUGCAGUCCUAAAGCGGGGGAGGAAGGGAGAACGGAUUGGGGGAGGGCGGUGCGUGGGGCUGUGCGGGGCAAUGUGCGGGGCAGUGCGUGGCGAUGCGGGCGCUGCCCAUCGUGCGGCUCCGGGGCCGUUUGCGGGAGGUAGGACGGGUCCCGGUUUGGCACCGAUCGUGUCGUCCUCCUUCCCCUUUCCCCUCCCUCCCCCCAACCAGGGCGGAGCUGCUGCAACAUGCACAGGACCACCCGGAUAAAGAUCACCGAGCUGAACCCGCACCUGAUGUGCGCGCUGUGCGGGGGGUAUUUCAUCGACGCCGCCACCAUCGUGGAGUGCCUACACUCGUUCUGCAAAACCUGCAUCGUGCGUUACCUGGAGGCCAACAAGUACUGCCCCAUGUGCGACGCCCAGGUGCACAAAACCAGACCCCUCCUCAGCAUCAGGUGCGUGGUGUGCCGGGAUAUUUUGCUGGGUGACCCCUACGGUGGGGGGGGAUGUGGGGCUGGGAUGUGGGAGAGGACGUGGGGUGGGGGUCGGGAAGGGGAUGUGGGGCGGGGAUGUGGGGCGGGGAGCAUCCAGGACCCAUCGCAAGGCUCAGCCCCACGUCCCCAGCAGCAGCGCUCGGUGUUGGAGAUGCAGCGCUGUGCUCACGGAGCUCGGCGAAAGGCCCCGAGGUGUCCUCCCUCUCUUCCCCCCCCCCGUGUCCCCCUGGAAGGUUCCCACGGGGGGCUGCGUUUUCCUUCAGCUUUGACCGCCCUCUUUGUUUUCUUGCCCCCCAGAGAAGAGAAAAAAGGAACCAUCGAGAAUGGGGAUCUGGAGAAGGAGAAGAGGAACGCGGUGCGGUUCCUGCGCUGCCCCGCGGCUAUGACUGUCAUGCACCUGGCCAAGUUCCUGCGUAAUAAGAUGGACGUGCCCAGCAAGUACCAGGUGGAGGUUCUCUAUGGAGAUGAGCCCCUGAGGGAGUAUUACACACUGAUGGACAUCGCCUACAUCUACCCCUGGAGGAGGAACGGCCCUCUGCCUCUCAAAUACCGCGUCCAGCCGACCUGCAAGCGCCUGAAGCUGCCUCAGCCGCCCACCUCCGAGUGCACCAACACCAGCGGCGCCUCCGAAUGCGAAUCGCUCAGCGACAAAGCGCACAGCCCCGCCACGCUGCCCCGCACUCCGCCCUCCCUUCCCAGCCCCGGCACUCCGCCCCACGGUUCUCCCAGCCCCACAACCGCCGCCGCUCCCCACGGCGCUUCGAACUGCCCCCCGUUGCCCCCCUCCCGCUGCCGCAAAGCCGCGGCUCACGGCCCCGCGGGGUCCGCGCUGACCUAACGGGGGGAGGGGGGGGACGGCCGCGUUGGUUUUGUAUAGCUCUAUAUAUUAUAUAUAUGUGCAUCUAUAAAGAGAGACGUGUACAGAGGGAGGUGCAGAUCGUGCACGCGUGUUUUACGGGUGGGUUCAGAGUGCAGGUGAGGUGCAGAGGGGAGCUCGGGUGUUUUCAAAUGAAUCCUAGAAUGGCUCGGGUUGGAAGGGACCUCAAGGAUCAUGGAGUUCCAACCCCCCCCGCUGCAAGCAGGGCCGCCAACCUUCACAUUUAAUACUAGAGCAGGUUGUCCAGGGCCCCAACCCUGGCCUUGAACGCCUCCAGGGAUGGACGGGGCACCCAUAGCUUUAGGCAGCUGUUCAGCACCUCACCACGCUGCUGCAAACAGUUUCGGUUUUGUUAUUUAACGCUGCAGUUGUGCGAGCCGGGCGCUGCCCCACACAUCCUCCUCCUCCCCCCCCAGUCCUCACUCCCCACUGGGAUGAUUCAUUUCCCAUCUCCAUGUUGGAUUUUUUGCAUACAGACCAAACGCACCACAGUUCCUUUCAGCCCGGGCUGCCUCUCACCCCCCUCCCCGGACCCUGGGGUGCAUCGGUGGGCUCACGGAUUGCUUUAGGAUUGCUUUCUUCAAAUGCUGCUCCUGGGGUGUCACUGCAGCCCCCACUCCUGCACUGCGAUGC